GUGAGCUUUGUGCGCAUGUGCGGGAAGGUUGAGGGGGCUUGGGGGGCCUCGCCCUGGAGAGUGAGGUGCUGCGGUCCCAGACCCCCGGCAGCCCCAUGGAGGCCCCGGCGGCGCCCCAGCCCGUGAAGCAGGAGACCCUGACGGUGGAGGCGCUGACGCUGGACUCGCCGUGGCACCGCUUCCGCCACUUCCACCUGGGUGACGCGGCGGGGCCGCGCGAGGCGCUGGGGCUGCUCCGCGCCCUGUGCCGGGACUGGCUGCAGCCCGAGGUGCACACCAAGGAGCAGAUGCUGGAGCUGCUGGUGCUGGAGCAGUUCCUGAGCGCGCUGCCCGCCGACACCCAGGCCUGGGUGUGCAGCCGCCGGCCCCAGAGCGGCGAGGAGGCCGUGGCCCUGCUGGAGGAGCUCUGGGGUCCAGCGACCUCCCUGGAUCGGUCAUCAGCAGUGAGGGCACCUCGGGACGUGAUAGAAGGCUCCAGGGUCAGCGUUGGGAAGGAAGACAGUGACAUGAUUCCUUUAGGAGCCGCGGCCCCCGGGGCGGAGGUGCCCGCGACGACAGGUGCAUCCGGAGCCGCCGCCGCCGCGCGCCCCUACAAGCAGGAGCCCGGCAGCCCCCCGCUGGCCCCCGUCCUCCCGGUGUUCCUGGCAACCCCGGGCAGCAGCACCGUGUCCUGCCCCGAGUGCGGCAAGACGCCCUUGAAGCCCGCGCACCUGCUGCGCCACCGGCAGAGCCACACGGGCGAGAAGCCGCACGCGUGCCCGGAGUGCGGCAAGGCCUUCCGGCGCAAGGAGCACCUGCGGCGGCACCGCGGCACGCACCCCGGCGGCCCCGGGCCCGCGCUGCGCCCGCUGCCCGCCCGCGAGAAGCCGCACGCGUGCUGCGAGUGCGGCAAGACCUUCUACUGGCGCGAGCACCUCGUGCGCCACCGCAAGACGCACUCGGGCGCGCGGCCCUUCGCCUGCUGGCAGUGCGGCAAGGGCUUCGGGCGCCGCGAGCACGUCCUGCGCCACCAGCGCAUCCACGGCCGGGCGGCGGCCGGCGCGCAGGGGACCCCGGCGCCGGGCCCCGAGGGCGGGGGCGGGGGAGGAGGAGGCGCCUUCCCGCCCUGGGCCCUGGGGUAGCCGCGGGAGCCCCCCCCUCCGCCACCAUCGCCACGGCCACUGCUGUCGCUCCUCCGAAGCCUCCCCUCCUCCUCCCCCCCCCCCCACCCAGCGCCUCCAGCUCGGCCACCCGUCUUCCCCACCCCUGGUCCCCCCGCCCCGCCCCCACCAAAUCUCACUUCCCAUUCAGACCUCCUCAUCCCGGUCCCCUCCCUCCUUUCCUGGCUUCAAAGCGUUCUCCCAUCCCCGUAAAAGAUGCCUCCUCUCCAUCCCCCAUCACCCAUUUCCCGUAGGGGUACCAGGAGGCCUCAGGACCACCACCACCUCCCACCCCACCCCUCUCCCUUCACGUGGGGAAAGGAGCUCGGGGAAGGAGCAGAGGCUCUUCCUCCCUUUAAGGAAGGGAAUCUGGAGGUUGGCCCCGCUCAGGACCGAGGUGGGGUCCCCGCCAGAAGAGAGAGGGCGAUGGUUGUUCGGCAGCCCGCCCGCGAUGGGCAGAGAUGAAGCCCACGAAGCUCGUCGUAGACGACAGUUCACCAGCAUCUGACAGUUAAUAAAACGGCUGACUCAAGUGUA